GCUCUGUUCCUAUCCAUGUACCUGGUCACCAUGCUGGGGAAUCUGCUCAUCAUCCUGGCUGUCAGCUCUGACUCCCACCUCCACACCCCCAUGUACUUCUUCCUCUCCAUCCUAUCCAUGGCUGACAUUGGUUUUACUUCUACUACAGUCCCAAAGAUGAUUUUGGACAUUCAAAUUCAUGGCAGAGGGAUCUCCUAUGUGGGUUGCCUGAUUCAGUUGUCUUUUUUUAACCUUUUUGGAUGUUUGGACAGUGUACUCCUAUCUGUGAUGGCCUAUGAUCGGUUUGUAGCUAUUUGUCAUCCCUUGCACUACCCAGUGAUCAUGAACCCCCGCCUCUGUAGCCUAUUGGUUCUGGUGUCUUUUUUGAUCAGCCUUUUGGACUCCCAGCUGCACUGCUUAAUGAUGUCACAACUUACUUUCCGCACAAACGUGGAAAUUCCUCAUUUUUUCUGUGACCCCCCUCAACUCCUCAAGCUUGCCUGUAAUGAUCCCUCCACCAAUAAAAUAUUAAUGUACACUAUUAGUGCCAUCUUUGGUGGUGUACCAGUCUCAGGGAUCCUUUUAUCUUAUACACGAAUUGUUUCCUCAAUUUUGAGAGUCCCAUCAACAAGCGGAAGGUACAAAGCCUUCUCCACUUGUGGCUCUCACCUGUCAGUUAUUUGCUUAUUCUAUGGAACAGGCCUUGGGGUGUACCUCAGCUCGACUGUCUUACAUUCUCCCAAGAAGGAUGCGGUGGCAUCAGUGAUGUACACUGUAGUCACCCCUAUGCUGAACCCCUUCAUCUACAGCCUGAGGAACAGGGACAUCAAGAGAGCCUUGCAAAGGUUCCUCAGAAGAACAACCUAG